CUGAAACUGGAAGCCUGGACGACAGAAAACCAGGAACUCUUCACCACACAACACACGCAGCCUUAUCUACAGUUCACAACGUACGUACACUUCGUCUCCAUGGCCAUCAGGAGCGGAGCCUGCACGCUUUGCGCUGGCUGGACAGCCACCCUACCAUGCCGCCGGCCACCAGCAACCGUGGACCGGAGCAGAAGGUUAGUCCAGCCACCAUGCUUGUCUACCACCUUUCCACCCGUACAAAUGCAGCGCAUGUGGGCUCUGCAUGCAGCAGCUGCCAUCCAAGUUGAAGCCGGCGACGAGGUGCUGCUGGAGUCCCCGGGGCACUUCCGCAUCUACAAGAGCGGCAAGAUGGACCGUCUCAACGACCCUACCGUCAUGCCAGCCGGCUUGGACGAGGCCACCGGCGUCACCUCCAGGGACGUCGUCCUCGACGCCGACACCCGCGUCUCCGUGCGCCUCUACCUUCCCAAGCUCCCUGGUAAUCAGUCCUCCACCAAGCUCCCCGUCCUCGUCUACUUCCACGGAGGCGCCUUCCUCAUCGGCUCGGCCGACGACGCCGCGUACCACGGCUACGUCAACGCCCUCGCCGCCGCGGCCGGCGCCCUCGUCGUGUCCGCCGACUACCGCCUCGCCCCGGAACACCCGCUCCCCGCGGCCUACGACGACUGCUGGGCCGCGCUCCGGUGGGCGGCGGCGCCGUCCACGCAGGACGAGUGGAUCUCCGAGCACGGCGACACUUCCCGCCUAUUCCUGGCCGGCGACAGCGCCGGCGCCAACAUCGUGCACGAGAUGCUCGCCAGGGCGGCCGCCUCCGACGACGGGCCGAGGAUGGAGGGCGCGAUACUGCUGCACCCGUGGUUCAGCGGCAGCGAGGCCAUCGAGGGGGAGCUGGCCGCGGUGCCCGUCUUCAACGGCAUGAUCUGGUCCUACACGUGCCCCGGCGCGGUGGGCGGCGCCGACGACCCCAGGAUCAACCCGCUGGCCCCCGGCGCGCCGUCGCUGGAGACGCUCCCGUGCGAGAGGAUGCUCGUGUGCGCCGCCGAGAAGGACGUGCUGGCGACGAGGAUCCGCGCGUACCACCAGACCGUGGCCGCCGGCGCGUGCCGGGCAGCCUGGUUCGAGUCGGAAGGUGAGGACCACGACUUCUUCCUCGGGAAGCCCGACUGCGAGAGCGCCAAGCAGCUCCUGGACCGCGUCGUGGCGUUCAUAGCCGAGGGUUGAGUGAGAUGCGUGUACAUAUGUACUGUACAAGCAUUGAAAUGGCCGUGAUGGACCGACGUCACGCGUAAUGCUUGAGGUCUCUUCGUGCAGGUGCAGUUUAAGCGACCAUGCAUGUUUUUAUUUACAGAAUGAACAAUUAUGGAGGAAGGACCAAAACGACCGCUGAAUUCCAAUGAGACGGCCACAACAGCAUGGUCAACGAAGCUUGAGAUGGCGGCGGCGGCCGGCGACUGGUGGUCUCGGGCAUCUAGAUCUUAUCUGGGGUAGAAAAGUGCCUCGAGAUGUCAUACACAAAAGAUGGAUCGAAUUCUAGAAGCAUUCAUAGAGCCGACUCUCA